AUGUCGACCCAACAAGUCGAUACUCUAGUUAUUGGUGCAGGCCCUACAGGCCUUGGAGCUGCCAAACGCCUGAACCAACUUAACCUCGGCUCAUGGACUCUUAUCGACGCCAAUGAAGAGGCUGGUGGUUUGGCAUCGACUGAUGUGACCAAAGAAGGCUUCCUUUUCGAUGUGGGUGGACACGUCAUCUUUUCGCACUACGCCUACUUCGACGAUGUGCUGGCCCAGGCUCUUCCCAACCAGGACGACUGGUACGAACACCAGCGUAUCUCAUACGUGCGUAGUCGAAAUGUCUGGGUACCCUACCCGUACCAGAACAACAUCUCUAUGCUCCCCACAGAAGACCAAGUCAAGGCCAUUGAUGGCAUGAUUGAUGCCGCCGAGCUUCGUGUCCGUGCCAAGGAGCCGCCUAAGACAUUUGAUGAAUGGAUUGUCCGAAUGAUGGGUGAAGGCAUCGCAGACUUGUUCAUGCGCCCUUACAACUUCAAGGUCUGGGCAGUCCCCACGACGAUGAUGCAAUGCAAAUGGCUAGGUGAGCGUGUGGCUGCACCCAAUCUCAAGAUGGUUGUAUCCAACACUCUUAACAAAAAAGUGGCUGGAAACUGGGGUCCGAAUGCAACGUUCAAAUUCCCCGCUCGCGGUGGCACCGGUGGUAUUUGGAAAGCUGUGGCCAAGACCCUGCCCCAGGAGAACUUGCAGUUUAAGAAAAAGGUGGUUAAGGUAAAUGCUGAGGCACACACAGCAUACCUUUCAGAUGGUUCUCUGAUCAAGUACAACCAUCUCGUCUCAACCAUGGGCUUGGACUUCUUGGUCAACACUAUGGAGGGCAUUGACAGCGGUCUGAAGCAGCAACUCCAAAAAGCUGUUAGCGAUAAGCUUGUCUACUCUUCAACUCACGUAAUCGGUAUUGGUAUCCGUGGCGAGCUUCCUAACCGUAUCGGAGAUAAGUGUUGGCUUUACUUCCCUGAAGAUGAUUGCCCCUUUUACCGCGCGACGAUCUUCUCGAACUACAGUCCUAACAACUGUCCUCAGAAGGGUGCCAAGCUUCCGACGCUACAGUUUGCUGAUCCUUCCAAAGGUGCUCCAUCUUCGGAACCUCAGGAUGGUCCGUACUGGUCCCUUAUGAUGGAGGUAUCUGAGUCGCAUCUGAAGCCAGUUGAUAAUGAGAAGGUCCUUGAAGACACAAUACGUGGUUGUGUGAACACUCAACUUCUUUUACCAGAAAGCGAAAUUGUUAGCACUUACCACCGUAAGUUCACGCCAGGCUACCCUACCCCUAGUCUGGAUCGUGAUGCAGCCCUGCAAGAGAUCCUGCCUCCUUUGCUCAACAAGUAUGGCAUUUUGAGCCGCGGUCGUUUCGGGUCGUGGAAGUAUGAGGUCGGCAACCAAGAUCACUCAUUCAUGCUUGGAGUUGAAGCUGUUGAUCGUGCACUCUUUGGCAGCCCAGAAGUUACGCUCGAGACGCCUGACUUCGUGAAUGGUCGUCGUAAUGUUGAGCGUCGCUUAUAG